AUGAAGCCCCCCAAGGCUUCGCAGCGCUACAGGAGCUCCCGGAGAAAUGCCAGCCAGCUGUACCAGGAGUCCCUGCUCGGCGGCAGCGCCGACGACGCCGGGGACAGCAGCGACCCGGAGCAGAUCUUCCAGAGCAUACAGUUCCAGAAGGACCUCAUGGCGAGCAUCCGCUGCCGGCCCUGGGCCAUGCGGCAGAAGCUGAGGGCGCUCAGGCGGGCAAAGGAGAUCGUGCUGAAGUUUGAAGGGAGGCUGACCAGGACCCGGGGCUACCAGGCCGCAGGGGCAGAGCUCUGGCGGAAGUUCGCGCGUCUGGCCUGUAACUUCGCGGCGGUCUUCAUUCCCUGGGAGACGAGGAUCAAGAAGAUCGAGAGUCACUUCGGGUCCGGGGUCGCCUCGUACUUCAUCUUCCUGAGGUGGCUGUUCGGGAUCAACGUGGCGCUCGCGGUCAUGACAGGGGCUUUCAUUGUCGUCCCGGAGCUCGUCGCGGGCCAGCCCUUCGGGAGCACGGCCAGCAAGAGCAUCCCCGCGGCGCAGGCGGCGUCCGCCCAAGACCUGGACACCGUCUGGUCCCUGGGGGGCUACCUCCAGUACUCGGUCCUCUUCUACGGCUACUACGGCCGCGCGCGCCGGAUCGGGAGAGCCGGCUACCGGCUGCCCCUGGCCUACUUCCUGGUGGGCGUGGCCGUGUUCGCGUACAGCUUCGUCACCCUCUUGAAAAGGAUGGCGAAGAACUCCCGCACGAGCCUGGCCAGCGCCUCCAGCGAGAACUACACCUUCUGCUGGCGGGUGUUCUGCGCCUGGGACUUCCUCAUCGGGAACCCCGAGGCCGCGGAGAGCAAGGCCGCUGCCAUCGUGAACAGCAUCAGGGAGGCCAUCCUGGAGGAGCAAGAGAAGAAGAAGAGCAAGAACCUGGCGGUGACCAUCUGCCUGAGGGUCGUGGCCAACAUCCUGGUGCUGCUCUCGCUGGCCGGGAGCAUCUACCUCAUCUACUUCGUGGUGGACCGGUCCCAGCGGCUGGAGCAGUCCAAGCGGGAGCUGACGCUCUGGGAGAAGAACGAGGUGAGCGUGGUGGUCUCCCUGGUGACCAUGCUCGCGCCCUCCGCCUUCGACCUCAUCGGGGCCCUGGAGACCUACCACCCGAGGACCACGCUGCGCUUCCAGCUGGCCAGGGUCCUGGUGCUGUACCUGGGGAACCUCUACAGCCUGAUCAUCGCGCUGCUGGACAAGGUCAACAGCAUGAGCACCGAGGGAGCUGCUGCCAGAAACACCACCAGCCGCUGGCCGGACGCCACCACCGUCUCUGCCACCAGGACGCCCCCUGCAGGGGAGAAGUGGUCCACGCCGGGGCCGGCGCCGGGGUUGGGGAAAAACAGCACAUGGGCCUCGGCGGGUGUCCUGGCUCCCACCUGGGCACUCCCCGCGGCCAACCAGACCACCGCCGACACCCCGGGGCCGCAGGACCAGUGCUGGGAGACCUACGUCGGGCAGGAGAUGCUGAAGCUGUCCGUCAUCGACAUGCUCUUCACCGUGGCCAGCGUCCUGCUCAUCGACUUCUUCCGGGGCCUCUUCGUGCGGUACCUCAGCGACUACUGCUGCUGGGACCUGGAGAGCGAGUUCCCGGAAUACGGGGAGUUCAAGAUCGCGGAGAACGUGCUGCACCUGGUCUACAACCAGGGGAUGAUCUGGAUGGGGUCCUUCUUCUCCCCGUGCCUCCCGGCCUUCAACGUCCUCAAGCUGGUCGGGCUCAUGUACCUGAGGAGCUGGGCGGUGCUCACCUGCAACGUGCCCCACCAGCAGGUGUUCCGGGCGUCCAGGUCCAACAACUUCUACCUGGCCACGCUGCUGUUCAUGCUCUUCCUCUGCAUGCUGCCCACCGUGUUCGCCGUGGUCCGGUACAGGCCGUCCGCGCACUGCGGGCCCUUCAGUGGGCAAGACAAGAUUUACGACAUCGUGUCCGAAACCAUCGAGAAGGACUUCCCCGCGUGGUUCAGCGCUGCGGUCGGGCACGUCAGCAGCCCCGUGGUGAUCCUGCCGGCCGUGCUGCUGCUCUUCAUGCUCAUCUACUACCUGCAGAGCAUCGCACGGUCCCUGAAGCUCAGCAACCAGCAGCUCAAGAUGCAGAUCCGGAAUGCGCGGUCCGAAGAGAAGAGGAAGGUCGCCCAGAAGGUGGAGGCCCGCAUCCAGACCCCGCGGGGGAGCACCAAGAGGCUCGGAAAGGACAGUGACCUCGGCAGCCAGCUGUCCCUGGCUCGCUCGGUGACGCCCCAGAAUGACGGCCACCUGCUCGGUUUCGACUCGUGGGGCAGCAGGAGUGGCCGGGUGGAGACGCUGGCCCCGCCCACGCCCCAGUGUCCCCGGCCGCGGCCCGGCGGCCCCGGCUCGCCCCCUCCUGGCGCCUGCAGAAGCUGUCCGGCACACGGCGCCCGCAGGCACCCACGCGGCCCAUGUGCAGGCCCGGGAGACGGUCCCCAGAGCAGACCCCGCCCCCCGGUGACGUUUGCACAGCACGUCGAGGACGUUCACUCGGCGCCGCUUCUGGGAAAAGACUCCGUGGGCGGCGGCCCUCCUCCCCGUGGACCAGGGGGCUCGGCCUCGGUGCCGGGUGCUCCCAGGCCCCGCGCCCCCAGGUGCUAUCUCGUCAAUGAGCGUGACUCCCACAGGACCCACCCCGGACUCUGGCCCGAAGGACACUUCCGGGCAGAUGCCGCGGGGGACGGUGCGGAGAUGUGCGCCAGGAGCACACGGCCCUGCGCCGCGUCCUGGGCGCCCCCGCGGGCUCGCCCUCCGCAGCCCAGCGAGGACGCGGAGACUCGGAGGGGAGAGCUGAGCCGUCGGCCUGCGCACCCGCGCUCGCUGGCGGACCUGAGCGUGGCUCCUCCCUUCCACGCUGGCGACGGGGCGGGGGGCCAGACUCCGGCUCCGGAGCCCUGGGGGCGGGGGCACCCCGCGUCUUGGGAGGACGGUUUUGAUGGUCCCCUUGUCGGGCCCGUGCGCCUGCAGAGGAAGCCGCGCCCCAGGCGUUUCGAACGCCCACUGCGCCCUGGGAGGCCCCGGGUCAAGCCCAGGUUCGAGCCGCCCCUCACGGACUCGGACUCCGCGUCGGCGGCGUCCAGCAGCGACCCGCAGAGCAGCAGCACCGACCAGUACCUGCAGGUCUCCCGCCGACACGGCGCGUCCCCGAGGCAGGCAGGCCGCGUCGGCGGCAGGAAGGCCGAGCCGAGGCGGGAGCUGGUCGUGGACCUGAACGACCUGAUCUGUUCCCGCGUCUGACAGGUGCUGCCGUCGGGGGGCUCGGCGCGCACCCCCCUUGUGGAGAGAGAGACACGAGUGUGCGGGGGGGGGGGG